UUUAGCCAAACUAUACUGAAUAGUGAAUACUGAUCAACUCAUAAGGAGGAUCGCCAUGGUUUUGUUGGAGAAGCUCUGGGACGACGUUGUUGCUGGCCCUCAACCUGACCGUGGCCUCGGCAGGCUCAGGAAGCUCAGUACUAAGCCCUUGAAUAUUAAAGACGUGGAAGGAGAGGGAAGCAGCAAGUACCAGAGAUCGAUGUCGAUGCCGGCAAGCCCAGGAACGCCGACGACACCGGUGACGCCAAUAACACCGUCGACGUCUAGGAAGGAGAACGUGUGGAGGAGUGUGUUCCACCCAGGAAGCAACCUGGCCACCAAGAGCAUCGGCGCUGAGAUGUUUGACAAGCCCCACCCCAACUCUCCCACUGUUUAUGACUGGCUCUACAGCUGUGAGACUCGAAGCAAAUACCGUUGAGGAACGAAGAAGAUGAAGAAGAGCCGAAGAGUGUGUGUGUGUGUAUGUGCAUAUUGAGACUCGAAGCAAAUACCGUUGAGGAACGAAGAAGAUGAAGAAGGGCCGAAGAGUGUGUGUAUGUACAUAUUGAAGUGUUAAGUUUGUCCUCUGUGUCUUUGUGUUCAGUGUUCACUAACUGGGCGAAGAAGACGAGUUAUGUUAAGAAGACGUUACGCUUUCGCAUGUGCGAUCGCGAAGAUGUAAUGACUUUGUUUCAGUAAAAAAAACAUAUCUGUCCGUAGAUUUGUUAUCGA